UGUCACUGUCACUACUGUCAACUGUCAGUGUCACAACACCGUCAACACCACGAAAUUCAACGUAACGACCUCGUAAAGACGCGUCUGUAAUAAUAAAUAAUUGUUUAGUAUUAUAAUUACAUAAAUACAACUACUGUAACCAAAUCAGAGUGAAAAAACUACAAUUUCCUUCAAACCAUGGCAACUGAUAAAGACCCGCUUACCAGUGAAAGAUCUGGAAGAGUGAGAGAAGUCGGCAAUCACGCUAUUUGGAGUCUAUCAUCUUGUAAACCAGGCUUCGGUAUAGACCAGCUGAGGGAUGACUGUAUGGACACAUAUUGGCAGUCCGACGGACAACUGCCGCACCUUGUCAACAUCCAGUUCCAGAGGAAGACCAUGGUGUCGCACAUCUACAUCUACACGGACUACAAACUAGAUGAGAGCUACACUCCCAGCCGGAUAUCUAUAAGGGCUGGGACACACUUCAAUGAUUUGCAGGAAAUUGAAGUGAUUGAAUUAAUUGAGCCGAGUGGAUGGGAAAUGAUACCAAUCAAAGACAUGCAUGACAGACCAAUAAGAACAUUCAUGAUCCAGAUAGCAGUAUUGAGCAACCACCAGAACGGGAGAGACACGCACAUGAGACAGAUCAAAGUGCAUUCUCCAUGCGAGCCCACUUCCUUUGAUAUUAAUAAGUUUAGGAACUUUUCUACUGUCCAAUUCCAGCAGUACACUACUAUCCGAUAAAAAUAAUCACUUCUGUCCGGGGCUGCUCACUCCGCGAUUCUAUCGCUACGCUACAACUACAUGUCGGGGGCCCAAUAGAAUUCAAUGUCGACUGCUCGCGUGCGGUCCGUUUGUUAACGUAGGUAAGAAUUUAGAAUGUCGGCAUUUUGUGAAUAUCACAGGAGUGAGCCUUCUGUACUUUUACUAUUAUAUAUUCUGUUAAGAGUUACUUGUAUAAAUAAAGUCAAAGAUUCUCUA